AAAACUUUUGAAAAAAAAAAGAAUAAUAUAUAAAACAGUUAGCCAGUUAAAAAUAUCACGCUAUCUGAGGAGUUGAAGCAGCUAAGCUUUUGAGUUAAUUUCAAAAAUUUACUGCUGUCAUCCAAGAGUUGCGUUUUAAGUUUCAUAUAGAGAAGAUGAUUCCAAAAUAAGAGUUUAUUUCUUCUUGCGGCAAGUACUUAAGGACAUUAUUUUAACCGAACAUGAUCAAUAUUUCAUUACGUUGAAUUGGAUCAAGAAGGUUUCCUUAUGAAAUGCGGAUAUUUAAUAACUUUGGUUAAAGAACUUAUGUAAAUUUUUACUACCUGUGUUCUCCAUUGCGUCUCUGGUGAUUUAUUUUGCAAAUUAUUUAACUGAUGCGAAAUGAAGCUAAUAAUCCCUGUUUUAUCUGCAUUCAGUUAAUAUUUUCACUCCAUCUAAACGCCACAUCUUUCAAGCGUGCUUUGUAGAGGCACUUUACAUAUGGGCAGUGAUUUUCGCAGGACAACCGUUGGCUAGAGAAAAAAUCGUUGUUGAAUGUGAUUCUUUUAUUUGCGGCCGUUUUUAGCCAAGAAUUUUGUGGUUUAUCACACUGAAAUUCUGCAAAAGCUUUUGAAACAUCACGGAAAAUCCCGCAGGAGGGAAGAUGAAAAUAUGGAUACGCUUCUGCAGGGAUGGCUUAUACCCCUCCUAUUAAUGAAAUAUCAUGGAAACUGCAAUGAGAUAUCUCACUUUGACAGAACAGAGAUAGCCAAUGCCACGUUCAUUUUGGAUAGUAUCCUGGAAGAUAGCGAUUAUGACAAAAACACCAGACCCCGAGUAGGACAGAAACCAGUUAUAGUGUAUCUCAGUAUGGCAAUUCAAUCUUUUACAAAUAUUAAGGAAUCUAAUAUGGAGUUCACAACAUCAAUGUUCUUGCGCCAAGAGUGGAAUGACAGAAGAUUAGCGCAUCAUGACAACGGCAUGUUACCUGUCCAAGGCAAAGAUGUGCAGAAAAUAUGGCGUCCAGACACUUACUUCACAAACAUGAACGACUAUAAGUUGUACGAGGACAAUCAACUGGCUCUGAUAUCAAGAUUUGGAUAUGUCUACUAUAGUUCAAGGUUGUUUGUUGCUGCGUCCUGUCGAAUGUAUUUACAAAAGUUUCCAAGGGAUGUUCAGAAGUGUAGCCUUAUCCUUGAAAGUUUUGCCUUCACUAGAGACAUGGUGGAAUACCGAUGGAAGUACCCCAAUCCAAUCAACAUCCUGGAUAUAGAAUUAGCAGAAUUUGAUUUGACCAGCACAGAAUACACUAGUGAAGAUGUUGAGUACGUUGCAGGUAAAUACCGUGACAUGAUCGUAACUUUCACAUUUAGUCGUCGGAUCGGUUAUUACCUCAUUAACUUCUACGUCCCAUGCAUCAUUAUGGUUAUUAUGAGCUGGAUCGUGUUCUGGAUGGAUCGAGCCAACAUCGGUGACCGAAUAGCGCUCGGAAUUACGACUGUGCUAACGAUUGUUUUCUUACUGAGUUCCAGUAACAGCACUAUGCCCCGAGUCAGUUACCCGAAGGCAAUCGACUGGUACCUAAUGACUUCGUUCAUCUUCGUCUUCACGACACUGAUCAUGUGUCUGUUGAUCUUCCGGUUUGAUAGACGUGUAAACAAACAGCAGUGCCCGCCGAGGUCGGUAAGCGGUGAACCACCAGCCGAAUCAACUUCCAUGCAGAUGCCCGAAGAGCCAGAGAUUCGGAGCCGUGUGUCAUACUUUGUGGCAGACUCUCGAGGAGCCGUGUAUCCCAUCGUUCACAGCGCUUCUGGCCUCAAGAAAAGAAGUCUCCUAUCGUUCUGUUUUCGCCAGAAGUUUUGCGGACUGUCGGCACGAGUUACCCGGGAAAACCUGGGAAUGAUUUUAAACAAUUUCUGUAGAUUUCUCUUCCCUUGUUCGUUUCUUUUCUUUAAUCUUGUGUACUGGGUGGUGAUAGCCAACUAAUGGAUGCUCGUGAUUAAUUUAAUGAGAUGGAAAUGAGACAGUGUGGCCAUUUUGGAGUCUUCUAGGACAGUUAGGUCAACGAGUUAGGCCCAUGUUCUGCUUCUAAGGUGAAAAUCUCUCUCAGCGGUUACUCAUGAGAAGAUUUUUUGCUUUCUGUUCAAGAGGAAAAGACACAACCCAAACAGAUUCGCUUCACCUCGUCUAUCUGGAGAGUGUUAUGUUUAGGGACGCUUAUUAUUUAUAUCCUAGGGUGGUGGGGGGAGGAUGGAGGA